AGAAAAAGAGAGAGAGAGAGAGAGAGAGAGAGAGGGAGGAGAGGAAAAACAACGAAGACGCAACACGAGCGGGGAUUCCACUUCUUAUUAAUACUGAAAUCAAUCAGCCAUCAGCAGCAGCAAUAUUAUAGACAAACCAGCACUGGAAAUGGUGGACAAAGCAGGCACGAGAGUCUUCAAGAAGUCCAGCCCCAACUGCAAGCUGACCGUCUACCUGGGAAAGAGAGACUUCGUGGAUCAUCUGGACCACGUGGACCCAGUCGAUGGAGUAGUGCUUGUGGAUCCAGACUACUUGAAAGACAGAAAAGUCUUCGUCACGCUCACCUGUGCGUUUCGGUACGGACGGGAGGACCUGGAUGUUCUGGGGCUCUCGUUCCGGAAGGAUCUCUACAUCUCCACAUUCCAGGCCUUCCCUCCACUCCCCGAUGAGAAGAAACCGCUGAGCCGCCUGCAGGAGAGACUGCUCAAGAAACUGGGAGAGCAGGCCUACCCCUUCUACUUCAUGAUUCCUCAGAACCUGCCCUGCUCCGUCACCUUACAGCCAGGACCAGAGGACACCGGCAAGGCCUGUGGAGUGGAUUUUGAGAUUCGGGCAUUUUGUGCCAAAGCCGUCGAUGAGAAGAUUCACAAAAGGAACUCGGUCCGGCUGGUGAUCCGGAAGGUCCAGUACGCCCCUGAGAAGCCCGGUCCGCAGCCCAUGAUGGAGACGACCCGCAGCUUCCUCAUGUCAGACCGGUCCCUGCACCUCGAGGCCUCGCUGGACAAGGAGCUGUACUACCACGGAGAGCCGAUCAGCGUCAAUGUCCACGUCACGAACAACUCCACCAAAACAGUGAAGAAGGUGAAAAUCUCUGUUCGACAGUAUGCAGAUAUCUGUCUGUUCAGCACUGCCCAGUACAAGUGUCCUGUAGCCCAGACAGAGGCAGAUGACCAGCUCGCUCCCAGCUCCACGUUCUGUAAGGUGUACACCCUCACACCCACACUGAACAACAACCGUGAGAAGAGGGGGCUGGCUCUCGACGGCAAGCUGAAGCACGAGGACACCAACCUGGCCUCCAGCACCAAAGUGAAGGAAGUUGCUAACAAGGAGAUCCUGGGGAUCCUCGUCUCCUACCGGGUCAAAGUGAAGCUGGUGGUGUCCCGCGGAGGGGAUGCGUCCGUAGAGCUCCCCUUCAUCCUCAUGCACCCCAAACCCUCCGACCAGCCCCCCUCCUGCCCACAGUCAGCGGUUCCAGAGUCAGACGCUCCGAUCGACACAAACCUGAUAGAGUUCGAGACAAAUUUCUCUCCGGACGAUGACAUCGUGUUCGAGGAUUUCGCUCGGCUGCGACUCAAAGGAAUGAAGGAUGAUGACGACGACCACUUCUGCUGAGGCCCCGCCCCCUGAGGGUGUGGCUUCGGGUGUGAGCAUUCCAAGAGGGCGGGUCCAUGCAACCACAGGCCCCGCCCACAAGAGCCAACACCACCUCCGAGAAGACAGGACAAAAAAAAUAAUAAUCAUCUUCAUCUUCUUCUCUACAUUCGUGUGUCCGGCGUAACUUUAUAGAACGUUUAUAUAGACUAACAGCGAGGGGGAGAGAAUCUAGAAUAUUAACAUUAAUAUUAUUACUGUUAUAAUUAUAAAACAAAACCUGCCCAACAACCAGGAGAACGAGAAUCACAUGGAGACAGGAGCUCAGAUCAUUUAUUAUUAUUAUUAUAGGAAUUCUAAUCUUGUUGUUCUUGUUUGUUUUAAAGGGUCGAGACUAACCGCGUUACUUUCUGCUCUAUUUAUAACGGAAUGUCAGUUCUGGGUUUUAUUGUGGUUUGCUGCAGUUUUUACUUUUUGCAUCCUGCGGGGGGCGCUAAUGUUCACGUUCGAGAUGUAAUACCCGAAAGUUUUUAAAUUCGCUGGUAAAUGAAAGUCUACCACCUUACAAUAAAUUAUAAUCUCUUGA